UAGGCAUAAAAUUUACAUAAAAGCUUUCUAAAACACAUAUUAAAGAAUAUAUUUUCAACAAUUUGUUAGUAAAUAUAAUAACAUUUAUUAAAAACGUAAUUACGUGACAAUCGGAAAAAAUGAAACACAUAUACUUUCGAUUGUGGAAAUUAAGAAGUUAGAGCGAGAGAGUGGGAGAAAAUGAAAGAACGCCAAAGUUGACAUUUUGAAAGUGGAAUAAGGAGUACAGCAAACAGCAGAAAAAUGCCGAGAAUCUAGUGAAGAAUCAACUAAAAUCAAGAAUAAUUUCAGGAAAAGUGGUCGUUGAAAAUAAAAAAUGUUAAUUAUUUUUUCGAAUUUGCGAAAAUAAAUCUUCCAAAGGAAAAAUUCGGUAGUGAAAUUGCGUUAUAUGUGAGAAGACAACGUCGUGUCAACCGGCGUGAAGUUAAAAUUGUUUAAGACGCUUUAAAAUAAGGUAAAAGUUAGUGGAAAAAAAAAUAGUUUGUAAGGCGACAGCAAUGUCGGGUGGAAGAGAGUCAAACAGCAGUAAUGCAAGCUCCAACAGUAGCGGUGUUUCGACAACUGCAUCCUCCACGCCCACAUCUUCAGGCCAAAAUAACAACGGCAAUCAGCGCUCUCGUGGGCGUCCAGCCAAACGCGCUACUUGUACGUGGUGUGGUGAAAGUAAGCAACUGCUGCAAUAUGUGUUACCAACGCAGAACGGGAAGAAAGAAUUCUGUUCGGAAACAUGCAUCGCAGAGUUUCGGAAGGCUUAUAAUAAAGGCGCCUGCACUCAGUGUGAUAAUGUGAUUCGAGAAGGGGCGCCAAAUAAAGAUUUUUGUUCAGUGAUGUGUAUGAAUAAACACCAAAAAAAGAACGGCUCCACUAGACAACAUAGCAGUGGGGGAGGUGGUGGGCGAGGAGAUUCCGAUCGAGGAAAAAUGUCUUCAAUUGGAGGUGGUUCCUGUACACCAACUGGACCAUUCCAGUAUGAAAGUUUUCAUGUAUUUGAUUGGGAUGCAUAUUUGGAGGAGACUGGAAGCGAAGCAGCACCGCCGGAAUGUUUUAAACAAGCGCUUAAUCCUCCAAUCAAUGAUUUCAAAAUAGGCAUGAAACUAGAAGCACUAGAUCCCCGAAACGUAACUUCAACAUGUAUUGCGAGUGUUGUGGGUGUGCUCGGUUCGCGGCUGCGACUGCGCUUGGAUGGCAGUGACAGUCAAAAUGAUUUUUGGCGCUUGGUCGACUCGAAUGAAAUCCAUGCGAUUGGGCACUGUGAAAAGAACGGCGGAAUGUUGCAACCACCACUCGGUUUUCGCAUGAAUGCCUCCAGCUGGCCCGGUUACCUUUGCAAAAUUUUAAAUAAUGCCAUGGUUGCACCGGAAGAUAUUUUCCAACCGGAACCGCCAGGUCCCUCGGAGAAUCUCUUCAAAGUUGGCCAAAAGCUCGAGGCGGUCGAUAAAAAGAAUCCACAACUGAUUUGCUGUGCGACAGUUGAUGCGAUUAAAGACGACCAAAUUCAUGUGACUUUCGAUGGGUGGCGUGGAGCGUUCGACUAUUGGUGCAGCUACGACUCCAGAGAUAUAUUUCCGGUUGGUUGGUGCGCACGUAGUUGUCAUCCAAUGCAACCGCCGGGUCAUAAAUCGCGUACCGAUUCGAGUUCGAGCAAGCACCGCAGCCCCCGACCACGCUACACCUUCGUUCAAGAGGCGGACGCAAUGGUGCCUGCUACACCGGUUACCGCACAUUUUCACACAAAUUGCAAAGGAGGUCCAUUCAUUAAUAGCACUAAAUUGCCAUCAAUGGUUACAGGGCCAACCCAUCAAACUCUAGCAAAAUUGUGUUUGCAAGAAGUGCUUGCUGCAAGCACAGAUACUCAGCAGCUUUCCAAAUUAUUAUUCGCACUAGAAGGAGAUGUUCACAUAGUGCCAGCAGCAGGAAAAAAUUUCACAGUGAAAAUUCCGUCACAAUUGCGAAUGAGAGACGAUGACAGUUUGGCACAAUUCAUAGAAACACUAUGUACUACAUGUAGAGCAUGCCCUAAUCUCAUAUCGUUGGUACCCGCAACUGAAGAAUGUGACAAAUGUGUCAUUACCAAGAAGCGCUUGUUAUCAACGAAUUCCACAUCGCCCACGUCACCAGUUAUACCGGAGAAAAGAAAAACACUCGGCUUAUUAAGCGACAAGCCACAUGCAAUCAAACAAGAAUUACCAACUUCCACCACAACUUUAUCGCACAUUGUAGAUUCUUCGUCUGCACCAGUUAUGGUAACAGUUGGGGGCAGUAUUCCCAAAGCUGAUGCUGAACUCAAGCUAUCUAUAAACAAUAAUAACUUAUUACCAGUGCAAAUAAAAGUCGAACCUAAUACAAAUGGAACCUCGACUAUUGCAUCACAAACCCACUCUUUGCGGCAGAUACGACUUCAUCACUUAAACAAUCCGGAGGAAUCGAAGCAGAUAUCGAAUAAUACGUCUACUUCUGCAAGUUCAACAAACUCGAAUGUGAAGUAUCUUGCCCCUCUUGUGGCUGAGGUACAUCCUGAGCAAUCAAGUGUGGUGAAUACCGUUAUUGGCUCAUCGACAUACAAAUCGCCUUCGACAUUAUCAUCAAGCGCAUCCUUACCUACAUCUGUAUCGACGCCAUUUAGUGGUUUACAGUCGGCUUCAUCGACAGCAUCUGCAGCUGCUGGUACAAUAGUUUUGUCGGCCGCAGCGCCACCAACAUCAGCGGCGUCAGCAAUGAGUUCUGCAUCUUUACCACCACUCCGUUCACAUCCCGGAGAUUGGUCAAUUGAAGAAGUCAUACAAUUCAUCGAAAGCAAUGACACUUCACUUGCCGUACAUGGUGAUCUAUUUAGAAAACAUGAAAUUGAUGGGAAAGCGCUGCUUCUUCUUAAUUCCGAAAUGAUGAUGAAGUAUAUGGGUCUUAAGUUGGGACCAGCCUUAAAGAUAUGCAAUUUAGUUAAUAAGGUUAAUGGUAGACGUAAUAAUAUGUCACUAUAAAUGCGGCUGAGAGGAUUAAGAGAUAACAAUAUACAUACAUACAUAUGUAUGUACAAGCGUUAAUAGGUAUAUUGAAGCGUUUCUAUAUGAUGAAAAUGUAUUGCAAAUGUUAGAAAAACUUACCUAGAAUUAGAGCUGAAUAAGCGUGUU